AUGUUGGGCUUCGCGCGCAGGAAGAAGCAGCCCGCCGCGGAGGAGCAGCAGAUCACCAACGUCGACAAUGGGCCCCCCAUCGACCAGAAGCCCUUUUGGCAGGCCAUCUGGCCCGUCAUCGCCUGCGGCGCCGGUCUGUUCUCGGACGGCUACAUCAACAACGUCAUAGGCUCGGUCGGCACCGUGCUCACCUACGAGUACGGCGAUGUGUACACAUCGUCGCCCGCGAAGCAGAAUGUCGCAGCCAUUGCCUUCGCUGGAACCGUCGUCGGGCAGCUCGUGUUCGGAUUUCUGUCUGAUCACUGGUCGCGGGUCAACUCCCUGCUCGUAUCCACGAUUGUUCUGAUUGUCUUCACGGCCCUUGCUGCUGGAUCGUACUGGCACGGCGAGGCCGCCGGCAUGUUUAGUAUGCUGACCGCAUGGAGGUUCUUCGUGGGAAUCGGGAUUGGAGGCGAAUACCCGGCAGGAAGCGUGAGCUGCGCUGAGUCCAGCGGCGAGCUCAAGAGCGGUACCCGAAACGCGUGGUUCAUCCUGUUCACAAACUCCAUGAUCGACUGGGGUUUUGUGUUUGGCGCAUUCGUACCAUAUGUCGUGGCGGCCGCCGCCUCCAAUAUCUACUACGGCACCAUCUGGCGCACGAGUCUGGGGAUCGGUGUCGUCUUCCCCUUGGUCCUGUUCCUCAUCCGCCUCAAGCUCAAGGAACCCGAGGAGUUCAGCCGCAACUCCAUGAGGAACACUAAGGCGCCGUACAGGCUCGUCUUCAAGUAUUACGGGUUCCGGCUGUUCAUAGUCUCGCUGAUCUGGUUCAUCUACGAUUUCUCCGUCUACGCCUUCGGUAUCUACUCGUCCCCGAUCCUGUCCAGCAUCUACGGGGACGGCGCGGCGCCGCUGACGACCGUCUUCGGCUGGAACACGGUCAUCAACCUGUUCUACAUCCCAGGCACCAUGAUCGGGGCGCCCCUCAGCGACCGCUUCGGCCCGCGGUACACGCUGGCGGGCGGCGUGGUGGCGCAGGCCGUCGUGGGCUUCAUCAUGGCGGGCCUGUACUCGCGGCUGGCGCAGCCGCAGUACGUUGGGGCCUUCGCCGUCGUCUACGGCGUCUUCCUCAGCCUGGGCGAGCUGGGGCCGGGCAACAACAUCGGGCUGCUGGCGGCCAAGACGUGCGCGACGGGCGUGCGGGGCCAGUACUACGGCGUGGCGGCGGCCGUGGGCAAGAUCGGGGCCUUCGUCGGCACCUACGUCUUCCCCUACAUCGUGGCGGCCGGCGGCGCCGUCGACGAGAGCCGCAAGUACCAGUACCCCUUCUACGUCGCCGCCUGCCUGUGCAUCCUGUCGGCCUGCCUCGCCCUCUUCUGCCUGCCCCACAUCGACCAGGACACCAUCACCAAGGAGGACGCCGACUUCCGCGCCUACCUCGAGAGCCACGGCUGGGACACGCGCCAGCUGGGCCUGAACGCCUCGAGCCUCGAGGCCGUCGACAGCGAGCAGGCCGUCUACGGCCACGGCGCCGCCGAGCCGCCGCUCACCAAGGAGGCUGCCGCGUAA